GGCUAUCGAGUGCGUUCCUGCGACAACGUCUGCAAGAUGAAGUUCUUCAUUGCAAAUGAUGUGCUUCUUGUUAUCUUGGGUGUAUCCAUUUGCGCUUUCAACGGAGUCAUUGCCGUUGACACUCAAUUGUUGUUUCAAACAUUCCAACUUGUUCCUGACGUUUUGACGAAUGCACCUGAUUCGCUGCUUUCGGCAAAAUUCAACGACGUCAACGUAAAUUUCGGUAAGGAAUUGACACCCACGCAAGUGAAAGAUCCGCCAACUUUAAAUUGGAACUCUCAAGAUACUGAUUUUUACACAAUUUGUAUGACCGAUCCAGACGCGCCAAGCCGUCAGAAUCCGACAGUCCGCGAAUUUCUGCACUGGCUGGUAGUGAACGUGCCAGGUUCAGAUUUGAGCCGCGGAGAAACUCUGGCAGCGUACGUUAGCUCUGCGCCUCCUAAAGACACCAGCUUGCAUCGCUACACGCUGUUGGUAUUCAGACAACCUAGCAGGAUUUCCUUUGAGUCAGAAAAAUAUAUUCCCAAUAAUACUCGCGAAGGACGAAAAAAUUUCUCCAUUCAGAAGUUCGCCGACAAGUAUAAUUUUGGCGCACCCGUCGCCGGCAAUAUGUAUCAAGCGCAGUACGACGACUACGUGCCUAUCGUCUCUAAACAGCUCGAUGGUCAAUAGAAAUUGACAUAACGAUUACUAUUCUCAUUUUAUACUUUUUGAUAAUCAUUUCGUUAAACUUUAUUAAUAAAUAGUUAUUUAG